UGUUUAUUUUCCUUAUUUUAAACAAUUAUUUAGUUUUGGAGACGAAUUCCGCCCUGAGAUGUGGCCUUCAGUUAGAUGGACUGCAUUUGCAUACUUCAAACGGUUCUACUUGAGACAUUCUGUAAUGGAGUAUUCGCCCAAGAAUGUUAUGGUAGAUGAAUUCAACGUUACCAUCGACAAUUUUGUUGACAAUCUAAGUGGCACGCGCGAAUCAAACAUCGAAACGGUGCUGAAUUUAGAACCUGAAAUUAUGCUUAAGCUGGACUAUUACUUAGCUGUGCAUUCACCUUUUCGCCCCUUUGAAGGGCAUAUGAUCGAAGUAAAAACAAGAAUGGGAUUGCAGCUUUCAUCACUCAAAUUUGAUAUUGAGGCAAUAAGGCCAUUCUCUACAGAGUUUUUUAGGUUGUGCUUAUAUGGUGAUGUGAUGUUGUUAUAUCCUCCGUCCCAGAUUGCCCUAGCUGCUAUAAAAUAUGGAUUGGACAAAACAAUAGGCGGUAUAUUGGGAGAAAAUGUCAAUAAACCUCAAAAUUUUAGAACCAAGAUCUUCAAAUUUUCUUCGUGA